AUGUCGACCGGCCUACCCGAAUCGAGCGAGUCGGCCAACACACUCGCCGCCAAGCUCAAGCAACAGCAAGCUGGUCUCAAAUCUAUCAGGGACAGACUCACCUUGCCUGAGAUCGACUUCACCCUCCACACACUCGAUGAUGGUGUGAUCGUAAGCACCCAGGAAAGAGUCGUCAAGGAGGUUCAAGCCCCCGCAUUUCUCAAACCAACCGAUGCCGAAUUCUUCAGUACCGUCGACCCUUCCAAACCUGACGUUGCAUUCUUGAAGAAUCAUUUCUAUCGUGAAGGUCGAUUGACCGAAGACCAGGCUCUGUUCAUCUUAAAUAAGGCGUCUGAAGUCUUGAAAACUGAACCCAAUUUACUAGAAGUCGAAGCCCCGAUCACCGUCUGCGGUGAUAUCCACGGUCAAUACUUUGAUUUGAUGAAACUUUUCGAAGUCGGUGGUAACCCGGCCGAAACGCGGUAUCUAUUUCUGGGUGAUUAUGUCGAUCGGGGCUAUUUCUCAAUCGAAUGUGUUCUGUAUCUCUGGGCUCUAAAGAUUUGGUACCCAGAUACCCUAUUCCUACUGCGCGGUAAUCACGAAUGUCGACAUUUGACCGAUUACUUCACCUUCAAACUCGAGUGCAAGCACAAGUACUCCGAACGGGUUUAUGAUGCUUGCAUGGAGAGCUUCUGUUCUCUGCCUCUCGCCGCAGUCAUGAAUAAGCAGUUCCUCUGCAUCCACGGUGGGCUUAGCCCAGAGCUGCAAACUUUGGAUGAUCUCAAAGGUGUCAAUCGUUUCCGGGAACCCCCCACCCAUGGCCUGAUGUGCGAUAUUCUUUGGGCUGACCCAUUAGAAGAUUUUGGGAGCGAAAAAGCCGCUGAAGGUUUUGUGCACAACCACGUGAGAGGUUGCUCAUUCUUUUUCAGUUAUCAAGCUGCCUGUGCUUUUCUGGAGAGGAACGGACUUUUGUCCAUCAUCCGCGCACAUGAAGCUCAAGACGCUGGAUACCGCAUGUAUAAAAAGACGAAGACUACUGGCUUUCCAUCAGUUAUGACUAUAUUUUCAGCCCCGAACUAUUUGGACGUUUAUAAUAAUAAAGCAGCCGUUUUGAAGUACGAGAAUAACGUGAUGAACAUUCGACAGUUCAACUGUACCCCCCAUCCCUACUGGCUACCCAACUUCAUGGAUGUGUUCACUUGGAGUCUUCCAUUUGUAGGUGAAAAAAUUACCGAUAUGUUAAUUGCGAUUCUCGGGAUUUGCACUAAGGAAGAGUUGGACGAAGAAGAAGAAGAACUGCCGCUGGCUUCAGAGGAAGUUGAAUCGGAUCCAGAUUCGCCAUCGGCAGCUGCUUCGGCAGAGCGGAGACAAGCGAUCAAGAACAAGAUCAUGGCGGUAGGGAAGAUGUCGAGGGUGUUUGCAGUCUUACGAGAGGAAGCCGAAGCUGUAUCCGAAUUGAAAUCGACUACUGCGCAAGCGAAGUUACCAUACGGAGCUUUGGCGAAUGGUGCGGAUGGAAUCAAAGAAAACAUCCUCAAGGCUGGCUUCGACCAAGCCCGUAAAUCGGAUAUCGAGAACGAGCAUUUACCUCCAGAGUUAAUCGAUGCGGCAGAUGUAGAAGGUUUCGAGGAGUUUGCCGAGUCGAGGAGUCCUGGUGCCGCCGAUGCAGGAGACACAAAUCGAUCGCGAUCACGAUCGGGCACGCUGAACUCGUUGGCUGGUUCGGGUGAUGGUCGAUUACCCUUCGGUGACUACGCCUCUGGCACCUCAUCCGUGCCUACCAGUCCGGCAUUGCCGGGCACACCCGACCGGCCAACGAUUGGCUCGGCUAGUGGGACACCCAUUGGCGAAGGCCUCGGCUUUUCUCCUACGACUCCCGGUGGAAGUCCGAAAUUCAAGCGCGGUCAUGCUAGGAGAGGCAGCUUGGGUACCACCAUGACCAUAUUACAUUUGUCUAACAGAGAAGCGAUGGAAGGACAAGCCGAUCCGGAAAUGGAAGACUUAGCCGACGCGGUCGCUCAGAACGCCUCACAUGCCCGACGUCAUUCUCGGUCAUCUUCUGGAUCCGGAUCAGCUUCGUAA